AUGUCCGACUUCACGGACGACGAGGAUCGACAGCUUGUUCAGCUAGCGUUGCAAUUCUUACGAAGUCGACGGCAGAUAUUAUGGGACACACUAACUCAGCAGAUGAAAGGCACAAAGAAGCCGAAGGAAGCGCUGCGCCAGCGUCUAAAGACUCUCAAACGUACGCAUGGUCGAGAUCUUGGAAACUUUCCGGCGUGGUUCUUCAGAAAGAAGUUUGCGAUGGAAGUUAAGCGCAAUCGUGCAAAGGUCCAUCGGAAGACUGCUAUUCACAACAGAGACAAGCUGGCGCCCACGUGCGAAAGUAAAUACAUACCGCGAAGAGGCGCACGUUGCGAAACGGAAGUCGCGCUGCAACUGAACGAAAAAGCGUCGAUUGAAAUAUCGAGAGAGCACGUGGGAUCCUCAACGCUCAAGAUGGCGACCUGUUUCUCAAAGUGCGCAAAAGCCAAGCCACCUGCUUCGCUACUAUUGCUGGCUUCUGUCGCAGCGUUUGAGCCACUGCAAAGCCACAAAAACCCGACGCUCACUAGCUUUCGUGCUUGA